CCAAUGAGUGUGUUUGAGAGAGGGAGAGAGAGAGGGAGAGAGAGAGAGAGAGAGAGAGAGAUGGAUCCAAACGAAGCCUACAUGUUAGAAGAAGCAAAACAGUUUCCGACAGAACAAAGCGAAGAUCUUUUCCCGAGUCUUUGGAACUCAUUUGAUUGGUUAGAUCUCGACCAAAACCCGUCAUCUUACCAUCAUUACAACACUCACCCCUCUUUCCCUCCACCAAUAAUCCCACAACACCAUUUCACCCAAUUCCAUAACCAAUCCCCACCGUUCGUUGCUUCACCCGAACCGACUACGUUUGAGCCCCAUCGGGAUUUUCAUCAACCACUGAAUGACUAUGUCGGCAGUGAGUUCAAAACCGAACCGGUUAGGUCUUCGGAAGGAGUCUUACCGGUCCGGUUAGGUGUCGGAACCGAUGGAAAGGCGAUGGAAGGGAGGUCGUCGAAGAAUCUUAUGGCGGAGAGACGACGUAGGAAGCGCCUCAACGAUCGUCUCUCCAUGCUUAGAUCCAUCGUUCCUAAUAUCAGCAAGAUGGACAAGACAGCAACACUAGGAGACACAAUAGAUUACAUCAACGACUUGCUUGGAAGGAUAAAAACUCUUCAACAAGACGUCGAAGCACAUCCACAUAGUGCAAGCCUUACACACUCAUUCAAUCCCCCAAAUGGAAUUCUCAAGGGUUCUUCUUAUCCUAAGAUCGAAGUCGAAAAGAGGGAAUCGGAUAUGUGGAUCGAAAUGUAUUGUGAAGGGUCAUCGAAUCGGCUCAUCGCAACUAUAGCAGCCAUGGAGUCAUUAGGGCUUGAGAUUGAGCAAUGUGCAAUUAGCUGUUUCAAUGGUUUCGAAGUACAUGCUUCUUGCUCUAAGGGGAGUGAGCAGCAUGACUCCGAAGAAAUAAAGCAAUUGCUGUUGGUCAAUUCCGGUUAUGAUGGAAUUACAAAAUAAUAAUAAACAACUAAAAUAAAAUAAAUGGUUUUUCUCUUUUUUUUUCUUUUUUAAAUUUAGUACAACAAAUAUGGUGAUGGAUAAUUAAUAUUUCUGUAUUUUCAACAAUAUUUUCCAAAGGGAUGGUAUUUUACCAUCAAUCUGAAUCUACUGUCCAUUUAAUGUUA